AUGGUUGCCUUCUCAAGUCUACUCGUUGCCUUCACAGCAAUUGUCGGCGCACUCGCUGCCCCGACAGAGCUGGUCAAGGACGAUAAUGUCCUUGACCUCCUCAGCCGUGGCCCUUCAAACUUCGUCCUCGAUACAACAAACACCACCUCCUUGGUUCGCCGAGCCGGAAUCAACUAUAACCAGGAUUAUACCACUGGUGGAACGGUGAAUUACUACCACUCCAGCACCGGUUUCCAGGUCAACUGGAACACCCAGAACGAUUUCGUUGUUGGCGUUGGCUGGAACCCUGGUUCCAACAGCCCCGUCAACUUCGGCGGUCAAUUCUCCGUCUCCAGCGGUACUGGCCUCCUCUCCGUCUACGGCUGGACCACCAACCCCCUUGUAGAAUACUACAUUAUUGAAGACUACCACAACCAGCCCAGCUUUGGCACACAAAAGGGUACCGUCUACAGCGAUGGCGGUAACUACGUGAUCUGGGAGAAUACCCGGUACAACCAGCCUUCAAUCCAGGGUACAUCGACGUUCAAUCAGUAUAUUUCUGUGCGCCAGUCGCCGCGGACGCAGGGCACAGUCACCGUGCAGAAUCAUUUCAAUGCUUGGGCUAAGCUCGGAAUGAACUUGGGCGCAAUGAAUUUCCAGGUUAUUGCUGUUGAGGGCUGGGGUGGAAGCGGUUCUGCUUCGUAUGCUGUUAGUAAUUAA